AAACAUGUUGAAGUGUGCAGUGGGCAUGGCUGCUAUCCAGCGCUUGAAGGAUGUUUUGGAUAUCUUAGCUGGGGAUGAGGUCACUAAAGGACCAGCCAAACACACUAUGACUCAAUCUGUAAUCGCGGUUUCUGCCACUCUGCUGGGUGCUAUUGUAGGCGGGAGAGCCGGAGGACUUGUGGGGGGUUUGGUUGGUGCUGCUGCUGGAGCGUUAACCCUCCCUGAAUACCGUCCUCUUGCUAAAUGUGUCACCGGGGACAGUAAAGUAGCUAUCGCUACGAUUGUGAGCGACAUCGGACUGGUCGCGUUCAGAGAGCUCGUCAAAAAUGGUCCAGGUCUUCUUAAAUGGAUGCAGAGUGUGGUUGUUAAGAAAUGAACAACAGAAUGUGAGGUUUCAUGACCGAAAAUCGUUAGAUUAUCAUGAGCUGUUAUAUUUUGUUUAGAAGAGAUACGAUAAUAAUUUGUUAAUUUUUCAAUUAAACAAGAUUUUUUUUUCAGUGAAUAGGAACAAUAAAUUUAAUUUUUAGUUUCUGUUCGACUGAGUUCUGCAUCAGAGCAGUGCAAAGACGAAAAAUACAUGCCAAAAUUUGAAAUCAGUCAUUUAGAUGGUGUCGAUCGAUUUGUUAUCAUUGCCACGAUGUAGUGAGCAUGAGCAGGGCUGUCAACUGUAAGAUAGUGAGCAUGAGCAGGGCUGUCCACUGUAAGAUAUUAAACAAAUUAUUUUAAAUUAUUUCAUUAUCAAGAUCAGAUUGUAAUCCGAAAAAUCUUGUACAGUUAGUGAAUUUUAUAUAUUUUUCAAUGAUUAAUUCGAAAUUUAUUUAUUAUUCCAGUAAGACCUUUUAUGUUUGUUACUAAUUGUAGUUCAUUAUACUUA